AAGAAGACAACUCACAAUGCCAUUGAGAAAAGGUAUCGACUGAGCAUCAAUGAUCGACUGCUCGAGCUGAAGGAAGUUCUUGUCGGCAAGGAAACAAAGUUGAACAAGUCAUCCAUCUUGAGGAAGGCCAUUGAGUACAUAAGGUACCUGCAAAACCUGAACAACAAGCUGAAGGAGGAG